CGGAAAGAUUAACCUCGAAGACCAUUUGCAUUCAAAUAGAAUAGAUGAAGGCAAAUUCGGAUAAACUCAGCGCACCACGGAGAUCGGUAGUUCGCUUGGGCCCGUCUCAGCAUUAUGGUUUCGGCGGAUCAAGGGAUCGGCCAAGUAUUCGAAGUUGACAGUCAUCGGGGUUGCGAAGGACUGGGUAGGCUCGUACUGAUCGGUCCUGGCAUUGGUCCUUUUCGCGACUCAUAGCCUUUCACUCGUAGCUUCACGGCAUUGGCCUGUUCAAUUACCGUGGUUGUUCGGUUGGUCGUCGACGGUGUGCCGGUUUGUGACGUUGACUGAAAUACGAGGUUUUUCCGCGCACGCCAGGCGAAACCUCAUCUCACUUUAAAAAUCAGCACUACGCCCGUAAGCCAACAAAAACCCCAUUGAAGUCCUCGAUACUUCGCCGUUCAUCAUUUUCCUUUCUCUCCCUCGGUCACUCUCUGUCCGACUGCUGCCGUUGCGAUGAAGAUCUCGAAAAAGUUACAAGAAUCCAUCAAGGAGAAGAGACCGGCAUGGUCCUUCGAGUACUUCCCACCGAAGACCGCAGUAGGUGUACGAAACCUCUACGACCGUAUGGAGCGCAUGUAUGAGCUCGGCCCCGAAUUUAUCGACAUUACGUGGAAUGCCGGUGGACGUCUUUCCAACCUUACUUGCGAAAUGGUCGCGACGGCACAGUCUGUCUACGGCCUCGAGACAUGUAUGCACUUGACCUGUACCGGUAUGCCCCGAGAAAAGGUCGACGAGGCCCUUGAGGACGCAUACAAGGCCGGAUGUCAGAAUAUUCUCGCUCUCAGGGGUGACCCUCCUCGCGAUGUGGAAAAAUGGGAGCAAACUGAUGGUGGGUUCAGAUACUCCAAGGAUUUGGUGAAGUACAUCAAGGACAAGUAUGACGACUAUUUCGAUAUUGCGGUGGCGGGAUACCCAGAAGGUCACCCCGACGAUGAGGAGGAUGCGGAUGCAAACAUUCGGUACUUGAAGGAGAAGGUGGAUGCUGGAGCAACGUUUGUGAUCACGCAGAUGUUCUAUGAUGUAGACAACUUCCUUGACUGGGUGAAGCGAUGCCGCAAGGCGGGGAUCGACGUUCCCCUUAUUCCCGGUAUCAUGCCCAUCCAGUCGUGGGAUGCCUUCCUGCGUCGUGCGAAGUGGUCUGGUGUCAAGAUUCCGCAACAUUUCCUCGAUGCUUUGGAGCCGGUGAAGGACGAUGACGCUGAGGUACGUCUGCGCGGUACGAAGCUCAUGGUUGAGGUGUGCAAGAAGAUCCUCGAUGCAGGCAUCUAUCAGCUUCACUUUUACACCAUGAACCUCGAGAAGGCUACCAAGAUGAUUCUCGAAGGCCUUGAAUGCGAGGCUUCUCCAGGCGACCUUCCAUGGAAGCCCAGUUUGGGUCUUAAGCGCAAGGAGGAGAACGUGCGUCCUAUCUUCUGGAAGAACAGGCACAAGUCUUAUAUUGCCCGCACCGAAGAGUGGGACGAGUUCCCUAACGGUCGUUGGGGUGAUGCGAGGUCGCCUGCGUAUGGUGGUCUCGACGUGUACGAUGGUCUCUUGAAGUGUUCGAACGAGGAAGCUCACAAGAUGUGGGGUUACCCCACGUCCAUCGGCGAUGUGGGUGAUCUGUUCGCAAGAUUCUGUGAGGGGGAGGUCCCUCAGUUGCCAUGGUCUGAUUCCGCCAUUACUGAGGAAGCAGCUUCCAUCCGCGAUGCUCUUGUGAAGUUGAACAGACACGGCUUCAUCACUGUGAAUUCUCAACCUGCUGUCAACGGCGUGAAGUCUACCGACCCAGUCUUUGGUUGGGGACCCAAGAAUGGUUAUGUCUACCAGAAGUGCUACCUUGAAGUCUUUGUACACCCUGACCAGCUUGACUUGUUGAUUCAGAACAUGUCCAAGGAGGAUGAGAUCACCUACUACGCCGUGAACAAGAAGGGCGAUUUGCACACCAAUACAACUUCUGACGAACCGAAUGCGGUUACUUGGGGUGUCUUCCCAGGAAAGGAGAUUAUCCAGCCUACCAUCGUCGAGAUUGUCAGUUUUAUGGCCUGGAAGGACGAGGCUUUCAGAUUGGGCACUGACUGGGCAAGGUGUUAUGCCCCUGGAAGCGAGAGCAGGAAAUUGAUCGAGGACGUCAUGGACACUUGGUACCUCGUGAACAUUGUGCACAACGACUUCCACGAACCAUGCAAAAUCUUUGAAGUUUUUGAGACGAUUGAGCCCGUUGUGGGCCACACGAACGGGGUCAACGGGGACCACGGAACCAAUGGCUACACCAAUAGUGCAGCCAAUGGCAUUGUUGAGGCAUGCGAGAAGGUAUCGCUCAAUUAAAAAGUAAAAACGUUUACUACGCGAAGGGCGUCAACCGCCUGGCUUCGCAUUAUCGGACUUGGUGUUGGGUAUCUUUUUUAGCAUUUUGGAGUUUUUGAGGUCUUCAACAGGCGUCCAUCAUUGUG